UGUUUAUGUUGACGUUUUAUGUUGUUAUUUUUAUUUAUUUUGAUAUUUUCUGACAUGUCGUUGAUAUAUUUGAGAAUUGAAAAAAGUAUUUGGACAAUCUGGCUAUCUUUCUAACUAUACAAUCAAUUAAAAUACACCAUUAUAGACAAGUCAAACAAACAGCUUCGGUCCAUGCUAGGUUUACAUUACCGUUAGCUAGCUGUUUGUUUACGUUAUGCGACAAACGUAGCAAGCUAACUUACUCAACAACAUGUCUCAGUUGCCAUUAGGAUUUCUCGCUGUAUGAUAAUCGCCAUUGUAACUAAGUGGUGUUUGAUACGACGUCUUAUACAGCUAGAUAACUAGCUACGCUAGCUGGCUUGGUACUGUUAAUAUUGUUGUGGAUAUAGCUAGUUAGCUUAGCUAGCUUAGCUAACUUGAUAUUUGCUACCAUAGCUGUUAUCAGAGAUUUGUUGUCAGUUUUGAGUAAGUAACAAGAACAUAGCUGGCUAUAUUGUUAGUCUUUAGCUAGCUACUUGACUCAAACAAAGUGUCAGCAAACGAUUUGACUAGUUAGCAUACCGUUCAAACUCUGUUUUGCAGUCGAAUGUCAUUGUUUGAGGGCUUGAGGCUAUGGACAGGGCCUAUUAGCGUCAGCGAGCAAAGCAGUUCCAAAAGUAGCCACUGGUUUACAGUAGGUUUAGCUUCGUACUAUAGCUAUUUUUACAUUUGUCAGAUGAGAAAUUCAAAAGAAAAGUUUUUAUAUUUUAGGAAGAGAAGAGGAAAGUUGCUAAGCAAUGUUUUUCAAAUGUAUACAGCAGAAAUGCCUAAUUUGUCAAUGAGACCAAAACAUCCAGGCCUAACAACUGUUCUGCACUUGUUGAUCUAGAAUAGACUGUUCUUCUUUCAUAUUUUCUGUUGCCUGUCAAUGAUUAUGAAUGCUGUGCCACUGCACACUUUAGGCUCUAGCAAAUCUGAUUCAACUAAUCAAGGAUUUUGUUGACCAGUUUGGCUAAAUCAGUUAUACCAGUAGGGAAACAAAACUGUAGAGGUUAUGGGAGGAUUGCAAAAUAUUGAGCUAUUGUCUCUGACCUUGUUCAGUGGUUCUCAAACCUCUACUCGGGGACCCAUAGUUGUUCUAUGUAUUUGCUAUAUUCCAGAGCUAGCGCACCUGAUUCAACCUGUCAAUGAAUCAUCAAGCCCUUGACUAGGUGAUUCAGGUGGUAGUGAAUGCGGUAGAGUCCCAGUCUAGGUAUGGAGCAGUGUGCGUGUGUGGAGCGGGAGCUGGAGAAGGUGCUCCAUAGGUUCGUCAUGUACGGACACCAGUCAGAGGAACGUCUGGACGAACUACUACGCAGCGUCUGUGAGCUACGGGGACAGCUGGUUACAUUCGGGGUACAAGAUGCAGAUCUUUCGGUGCUGUCGCAGACCAUGGCCCAGUGUUGUAAGAACAUUAAAGAAACGGUACAGCUGCUUGCCUCCAGACACAAGGACAUCCACGGCAGUGUCUCCAAAGUCGGCAAAGCUAUCGACAGGAACUUUGAUGCAGAGGUGAGUGCAGUGGUGGCAGAGACCGUGUGGGACUCACCUGAGAGACAGAAGUACCUGAGUGAGACCAUUGUGGAACACCUGUACAGACAAGGCAUGCUGAGCGUGGCAGAGGACCUAUGUCAGGAGUCUGGAGUAGUGAUUGACAUGAGCAUGAAGCAGCCGUUCUUGGAACUCAACAGGAUCCUGGAGGCUUUGAGGAUGCAGGACCUCAGACCAGCACUAGAGUGGGCAGUAACAAACCGGCAGCGCCUGCUGGACCUGAACAGUACCCUGGAGUUCAAGCUGCACCGCCUCUACUUCAUCAGCCUGUUAAACGGAGGCAUCACCAACCAGCUGGAGGCGCUACAGUACGCCAGGCACUUCCAGCCCUUCGCCUCACAGCACCAGAGAGACAUCCAGAUCCUCAUGGGUAGUCUGGUGUACCUGCGGCACGGCAUAGAGAACUCUCCCUACCGCUCUCUGUUAGAGACCAACCAGUGGGCUGACAUAUGUAACAGCUUCACCAGGGACGCCUGCGCUCUGCUGGGGCUAUCUGUAGAGUCACCUCUCAGUGUCAGUUUUGCGUCAGGCUGCAUGGCUCUGCCCGUCCUGAUGAACAUCAAACAGGUGAUUGAACAGAGACAGUGUAGUGGAGUCUGGACACACAAGGACGAGCUGCCCAUUGAGAUAGAUCUGGGGAAGAAGUGCUGGUACCACUCUGUGUUCGCCUGUCCCAUCCUCCGACAGCAGACGUCAGAGAGCAACCCUCCCAUGAAGCUCAUCUGUGGACACGUCAUCUCCAGAGACGCCCUCAACAAACUCACCAACGCUGGAAAACUGAAAUGUCCCUACUGUCCCAUGGAGCAGAACCCGUCAGAUGCCAAGCAGAUCUUCUUUUGAUCCCCCAUCCUGUUUCCUGAAACCCCCUGGAAACCCCCAGGCAAAGUGGAGCUCCUUUGAGCUACAGUAGCGACCUGCUACCCCAGGACCCCUGUAAAUCCCCCAUCCUACCUCCUGAGAGAGAGAGAUCUCAAAAGGAUCAUUCAUUCAUUGACACUCAUUUGCAGCUGCCUGCAGAACUUACUAUAGUAUCGGCUAAUUCUGGUUAAGGAUGUGAUGAUGUGUUAUCAUGGGGUGUUGAGUUGUAGAGUUUUUGGACGACUGCUCUGUUCCUUGUUUCUUUCCUCUAUAUAUCCAUCUGUAGGCUUUCCUCAAAACACAGAAUCCUCUAUACAUCCAUCUGUAGGCUUUCCUCAGAACACAGAAUCCUCUAUAUAUCCAUCUGUAGGCUUUCCUCAGAACACAGAAUCCUCUAUACAUCCAUCUGUAGGCUUUCCUCAGAACACAGAAUCCUCUCCAAAUCCAUCUGUAGGCUUUCCUCAGAACACAGCAUCCUCUAUAUAUCCAUCUGUAGGCUUUCCUCAGAACACAGAAUCCUCUAUAUAUCCAUCUGUAGGCUUUCCUCAGAACACAGAAUCCUCUCUAUAUCCAUCUGUAGGCUUUCCUCAGAACACAGAAUCCUCUCUUUAUCCAUCUGUAGGCUUUCCUCAGAACACAGAAUCCUCUCUAUCCAUUUGUAGGCUUUCCUCAGAACACAGAAUCCUCUCUAUAUGCAUCUGUAGGCUUUCCUCAGAACACAGAAUCCUCUCUUUAUCCAUCUGUAGGCUUUCCUCAGAACACAGAAUCCUCUCUAUCCAUUUGUAGGCUUUCCUCAGAACACAGAAUCCUCUCUAUAUGCAUCUGUAGGCUUUCCUCAGAACACAGAAUCCUCUCUAUAUCCAUCUGUAGGCUUUCCUCAGAACACAGAAUCCUCUCUAUAUCCAUCUGUAGGCUUUCCUCAGAACACAGAAUCCUCUAUAUAUCCAUCUGUAGGCUUUCCUCAGAACACAGAAUGGUCGGUUGAAUGGAUGUUAGGUGAUGUGACAUUAUGGUUUUUAGGAAGUUGUCUGAUUUCAGGAGAGUAUUUAAACUUCUAUAUUACAGAGGUAAAGCUCAGUGGCCUCUGAGAAAGUAUAUUCACAUAUAUAUUUUAUUGAGAGGUUGUGAUUGGCUGAUAGGUUGAGGUGACCGUGGUUACAGUUUGUGAAUGGAACACUGAUUGUAAAAAAGUAAAAUCUUGCCUAUUGGCUAUGAUGUAAUAAAGGCCCUGAUUGGUUGAAAGUCGCUAUGGGUUACAGUACAUGUAUGUGUGAUGAUCAGCAGUUGUGAUCAUGGAGAGGUCGAGGGUCAAUUGGCUGAUUGAUUUUGCAACUGCCUCCAAUAACAAUAAUUUUCCUGUUUCUCGUUCUGUGUAGGCCGAUGUAUUUAACAAAAACAAAUUAUACUACUGUGAAGUCUGAUUUUGUUUUUAUUUAUCAUCGCUAGAAUCAAGUCUCCUGUAAAAUAGUGAAACCUUAAGUAACUUUAUACCUUUUUAUGAAAUAUAAUUCUGCCACAAAAUAACAACAUCAGUAUUGGAUCCAUGAUCAAAUCCUUCUCCUUGGACCAAACGGAUAGCUCUCAGUCCAUGAAAUGGUGAUGUCAUACCAGUCCAUGAAAUGGUGAUCUCAUACCAGGCAAUGAAAUGGUGAUGUCAUACCAGCCCAUGAAAUGGUGAUGUCAGCAAGGUCUGCACCAGCAUAUCUUUAACAGCCGACACAUGGUAGCAGUCAGCCAUUAUAUCAACUCUGCACUGAUCUCCAGUCAGAGUGAAUGAUGGUAACAGGUCUUUAUUUGUGCGUACACAUUUCUUUUGUGUUUAGUUGACAUUUUAUUUCCUGCUUUUGGUUGACAAUCAUUCACCUCCUUUCCCAGAAUACAUUAAGAUCUGUUAUGGCUUCUUCUUUGGGUUCUUUUUCUUUUCCAGCAGUCAGAGUUAUUGAGUUCUUGUCUGAUAGGUUUGCCUUUUACCUGCUUCUUUAUUCAAGUUUUAUUGUACAUAUUUAUUCUCUAACAUGUUUCAUAUUAUACUUGCAUCUUGAAAUGGAAUAAAAACUUUAUACUCCAA